CAACAGCAUCAAAGCGCGCCGUACUGGUCAGUUUAGAAAGACUAUAGCAAAAAAGGUCAAGGAGUGGGAUUCUCAUCCCGCAAAGCGUAGAUUUGCAGAGGGACGAGCAUAGUACUGCAUCAACAUUUAUAAACCAACAGCUUGCAUUAGCAUUUUUCUGAAGAAUCUGACUGAAGUGUGGGCUGUAGUUGUCUGGCUCUUUUCCCGUGUGGGUGAGGAAGAGAAGAACAAGAACAACCAAAAGAGAUCUACAUCUAACUUCAUGCCCAAGCUGGCUCGCCCGGCAGCCCCCGGCGCUGGAUGCGGCGGGGGUAACGAAGGGCUAGUUGCUACCAUCGACAAGAACCAGCACCGCACGACCAAGAAGACUACACAGAAAACGGAGUUUCUGUAUGAGGCGGCGGCUGAAUAUAGCACAGAAACGGGCGUGGAUGCGAAUCAUUAUGGGAAUCGUGGGGCAACGAGGAUGCCCCAGCAAAGAGACAAGAUGGCCACCACAGCGGACGGUCCACAGGGUACUAAUAAAUAAAGGUCGUCGGGUUUUUACCUAAGUAGAUGACCAUUGCUUUGUGGCCAGGAUGCAACUCUCAUUUUGAAUGUCUACGGAAACAAGUAGUUCAAGUUCUUUAUAAGUGAUCCCUGCGGUGGUCUUUACCCGUCUUAAAACGUUCUAUCCUGAUUUCAUGACCCACAACAGGUUUCAGAAAGAAAUAGAAUUAAAGACAUGCAACUUAUAAUUUAUUAUAUUUAUGAAUAAAUACAACUCCUCCUGACGCUCAGGGACAAAGCUGGCAGCUGUCAAUAUACUACUCGUUUUUCUUCGGGCUAUCCUUCAAGUUGGUGCAGGAUUUCGCCGACUCGUCCAACAGUGCACUUCUGUGCUGUUCCUGAUGGUCCUGCAUGCACGAGUUGCGUUUUCUGAUGCAGGUGUGGCGCUUACGUUGUGGGCGUCCCCUUGUCUGCCGUUGUUCUGCGAGCCUGCUUCUGCAAGGCAACGGCGAAACACUUGUCUUCGGAGUGAUGUAGACGCACGGGACGAAAACGUGGGAGCAAACAGAAUCAUGUGGAUGCGCGCUACAGCAUCUUGGAUCAGCAUAAGCACGAUCAUGCUCAUUUCUGCAAGCGCUAGCAUUUUGUUUUUGACCACACCGAGCACGUGGCCCUUGCUCGGUCACUGCGGGCUUUUGCUGUCCGUAGCACUUUCAUGUACGCUGAUGGCAGUUGAAGUUGUACUCGAGUUAAUGCUGCUGGGAUGCCUGCAGUUUCUGUUGGUAGGUGCAGCGCUUUGCGUGGGGCUUGUGCUCGCGUACGAGCUCUUUGAGGCGUUACAAUAUGCACCUCCAUUACGGUGUCCAGCGUGGUUGGGUUUCCGUUCCAAUUCCGUUUCCGGCUACACGGUGCACAGCAGGGGGAGUAGUGGCAGGAAUAUGCGAAGAUGGCUGCGACGUUUCUGGGUCAACACCUGCGACGACCUAUCGCAUUCCCUUUGGUCCUACCGUUAUCGAGUCCGACACUGGGCGUGGACUCGUCAGUGGGCUCAGCCACUGAGAGGAUCAGCGGCCGCUCAUUGCUCGGUGACAGAAGUUCUCUCAGCGAGGACAUCAUCUUCGCGUCUAGCACGUUGGCAGAAGAACAGUAACACGCAGCAAAAAGAUAGAAGAGGAGGCAAGCAACCACAUCGAAAUCGAGAGGGUCUUGCUCUUUAUCAUCUCUUGCCAGAGUCCAGCUCUCCCGGUCGCCGUUGCUUUGUUGCGUCUUUCUGUUGCUUUUUCGGUACUAUGAUUGCAGACCUGGAGCUUCCAUCCAUUGCCGCUCUCGCAACUAACAACAAGCAGCGCCAGCUCCGCAAGGCGAUGCAGAUCACGUCAAAAGCGCAGUUUUUGGAAGAGACUGAAUAUUACAGCGAAGAAGCGGGUUUGGAUACGUAUACGAACCAUCAUGGGAGUCGCGGGUUAACGAGUAUGCUCCAGCAAAGUGACAAGGUGGCAACCACAGCAGAAAAGCAAGGUACUAAGACAUAGAGGUCCGUAGAUUACAUGGAUGACCAUUGCCAGGAUGAUGCAGCUUUUUAAUGUCCACGGCAACAAGUACUUUAUGAUUAUAAUAUAGAUAUCUUUCUUGUGGUCCACCUUGAUGUCUCUUCCCGUUUUAAAUAAUGCAUCCGAUUCUUAUAAUUCAAUGAAGAUCUCCAACAUUAAGUUUAGGAAAGAGAUGAAGAUAUCUUGUCAUAUGAUUUAAAUUGGUAAGAAAUACUAGGGAACGCUUUGUCAUCCUUGUGAACUCAAUUAUAGGUGUUCUCGAAGCGGUGAACGGAGACAGCGGUAAGCAGGUGAACGAAGCCCAAGCGGAAACUGCGGAAAUUUCAGAGGUUGGAACUGCAGAAGACAAGGCUACGACUAUAAUUACUGCAGAUGGGGCUGCUGUCAUCUCCGCGGCGCCGGCCACGACCUAUGGCGUCAAAGGUGAUGACAAAGAACUUGCUGAAAUCGAUAUGGUGACGAAUCUCCUGGCCACUACCCCGGGUACAGUCGCUCUGAUGAGUGAGUACUUCGAAACGAAUAAGGUGAGUCCGUCUGAAAUCGAUUCGGCAGAGGCGAUGAAGGCCUACACGGCGCGCGAGAUCUGGAAUAGCAUGCAGAUUCAUGGAGGAGCCAUCGCAUCGGCUCAAAUCGGGGGAAAAGAGCAAGGCAAGGCCCGCGCUAAGUGGAAGGCGUCGUCCCUCGGAGCCGCCGUUACGAUGAACGCGUGGUCUUUGCAGCAAUUGCUUCAUGUCUACAGGUACAAGCAGGGACAACAAAGUCAGAAGCUGGAUACCCUCGAGCUGUGGUCUUCCAGCCGCGCUACCUUUAAGCAGAACUCGAAAACGCCAGCAGCGUGGAAACACGUUGACGUUGAUGUCGUCGAGAUGACCAUCGCAGUCGGCGCCAGUUGCGACGGUGCUAUGGUGAGCAAGUCGAUCCACGUGCUCGAGUUUUCUUUUCAUGACAUUCCUAUUACGCUGCAGGACGUGGAGGCCACUUUCCCCGACUCGGAGGACUUUCGCAAGGUGAAGGAGUUUUUCGACUAUGUCAAAGAUGUCGUUCUGAACCUGAAAGGAGAGAGGGCUAUUCCUGGGAUGAUUGCCACCGCAAUUGCCGCCGACAAAGCUACCCGUCCGAAUCUAGGCUUUCCGCCUUUUGUCGCGCGCCCCUGGUUGCAAAGCGACCAUUUGCCGUUGACAAUGCUGGCUGAGUUGCCGAGCGUGGAAGGCUUCGAUGGACGCUUCAUCGUGGAACUCUUCAACUGGAACGUGCUAGGGCGUGGUGUCACGAAUAUGGCGAUGCCGAAGAUUACGGCUACGCUUAGGGAGGAUCGGCCAGAGGAGGACAUCGAGAAUGUGCAGUCGUUGUUCCAGCUAGUUGCCUUGAGGAAGAAACUUGAGCAGUUGAGUGCGCAUCUUCUUCCCAAGGGUCUCAGCGAUGAUUUCGGGGCUCACCUUUCAGUUCUCGCCUUUCAAGAGGACCUCUUUGUGCACGCAAUCAGCGACAGCGACGCCGCUAAUCAGAAGAUUGAGCUUGUGCGGGGCUGGUGGACGCGCGUCAUCGCGGCACACGGUUACGAGCAGGCAUUCGAUGCGACAAAGUCCUGGCACAAUGGUCUUCCGCCUGGUGCUAAGCGUGAGGCAUUCUCAAAGUUCAGCUUGGACAAGUCAGGUGGCUCGGUUGUUGCGAGGGAAUUCUCUCCUGGGAAGGGCGCUUCUCCCGUGUCUGUUGAAACUCCGGAGUUUGAGAAAGACGCAAACGGAAAGGCGACCCAGGAGUUCAUGAUGGGUAACACGGUGUACAUCAAGUUCAGCGACAGCUUCAAGGCCUCGGGCUGCAAGCCUAAGGUAGUGCAGAGCGGCUGGAACGCCAAAAACCACCCAAUGUAUCCGAACGCAAUCAUUCCCUUUCGAUCAGUGGCGAUUGCUUUUGUUGUUUGCGAGCGGGAUAAGACCAUCGUGGCUGCGUUUCCAGUUGCCCACUUGGCGGGUGGCAAGUUCGAUGACAAUGUUAAGGCUUACUCGUAUUCAUCUUGUGAGGCAUCUUUAACGUGCUUUUGCGGGGAAAAGUAGGUACGUUAAAGUAGACGUUGCAUUUGAAGAUGAAUUUAGGUAAGCUCUAACAAUGAAAUUUUCAAUGAGGUUUUGAAAGGACACUACGUGCCCGCAAACGUCAGGCUGGGAGAUCCUAGAAAAUCGCCUUGGGGUAAAAACUACGCGCAGAUGACCGAUGAGCAGAAGAAAGACCUUCCGCCCUCCGCAAAAGGCGAGGAAGGCUUCAAUCUGUACUAUCAAGGUGCGGGCGACUUAAUCCGAACGAUGGUGAAGGAAUUCAUUCGGCAAGUCUACGUCGCUGCAGACAAGAUUGGCUUGCGUUAUGCCAAAGGGAUUCCGAUCAUUAUGCCGAUGGACAUGAACGCGAAGCCGGACAUGCCGUUCUUUUUCAAGCAUGUUUUCGCUGCGUUUCCGAAAGAGUUGCAGUCGGCAAGCAUGCAAGUGGACGAAAAAUCUGCACUCGUCAAAGCACAGGAAAUUGCUGUGCAGCAGUUAAUUCCGGUUCCGGGACCAGAACAACUCCGAGCCGAGUCCGAAGGUGGUUCCGUUUCGACAGUCGCCUCGUCCUCAGCCGCGACCGCGGCACAGCAGCAGCAAGAGGCAGGUUCUUGCUGCGAGUAA